AUGUAAAGAGACAAGCAAAGAGAAAGGGCGAUACAAAUACAGAUAACAAGAGUGUGUAGGUCACAUAAAAAUUUUCCAGUUUUUCCCUAGGGUCCAAGGGAAAUUCUGGCACCGCUUGCUGCUCAGGUAGAAACAACAAUCGAAUAUCAGUCACAAAAAUGCUUCGCACGCGUUCAGAAGUCUUUGUGGGAUUGCUUAUGAUCCUGGGACCAGUAUUGGCCCUCUCGAAUCUCGGGAACCCUCAGGAACUGGAGCUAAAUGCGCUACGCACCCACAAAAAGCUUUUGCAGGAGGAGAUCGCACGUCUUUUUUUGGAGCAAACGCCUCGAGCGGAAACUCAACUGCUGUUGAGCGAUCUUCAGUUAAGAGAUCAUCAAAUAGGCAUUCAAAUAGAAAAGCUCGAGGAAAUCUCCAAGGGCGAGACCACACAGAGGCUGGCCAUAAAUCUAACUGCUGACUUUGAGCACCUGCAGCAUAAGCUAGAUGAUUUGAAACGCCAACUUGAGUUGCUGGACGGACGGUUUGCCUCCCAAGGAAAGCAACUGGAAGGACACUCCUCGGAAGGCGCAACACCGGCUGCCCCCGGAUUGGGUUCCUUUUUGUGGGGACCCUUGCUGACCAUGCCGGAGUUCCCACAGGGCAGUGUGGCCAGCGACCAGCAACAUAACCACAACCUCCACCAGCAGGAGCAUACUCAGGAUCCGCAGCAGGAAUCCAGUCCCUCCAUCAUCAAAAGAGUGCUGGACAUGCUGAGGCCCUCCAUGGGAGUAGCAGGUCUGCGGAGCCGUUGGACUGAAUCGGCCAAAUCAGCUGGAACGGGAUUGGCAACACCUAAGCCCGCUCAUCCGCUUAGCGCCGAGGAGCUCCUACCGCAACUGCAGGAGCAGCGCAGGUUUCUGGACGAUGCUAUUACGCGGCUGGAACUCUUGGCCGUCAAGAAGGGCUCAAACAAAAACUAAAAUACAUGGAAAAUCCAUGAAAAUCAAUAAUCCAUCCAGAAGUACAAACAGCUAUCUGAUUGAACUUAACUAUCAGAUUGAACAGAAACUUAUCUUGCCAGAGAUCAAAUUGAGGGAAAUGAUAGCUUACCAACUAAGUCGAGUACGUUUAAUAAUAAUUUGUGACCAUUUAAUGUAGUUUCCGAAAACAAUUGGUCUAGCAUGAGAUUGAUAAGAGUUCACUUCGCGCAAUCACCUAACUUAAAAGUCUAAAGCAAUAAAUAACAUUAUCUAUCCUUUCAAACCCUGAUAU